AUGUAAAUGUUUAUGUAUAGUAAUUUUUUUCUAAUCCUUAAUAUAAAGUUUAUAACAACUCAUCUAUGCACCAUGAUUAUAAAAUACAAAUAUUAACCUGAACUUAUGUGUGAAAAUGAGUUUUAAUUAUAAAAUAAAUCUCAAACAACGUAUGCAAAAAAAAAUCAUAAUACUAUAAUAAAAUGAUUUAUUAUUUUAUGGUUUUUAUUAAAUUAAAACAUCAAGCAAAACCGUUGCAACGCUACGGGUUAAUAUCUUGUAUGUAAUAAAGUAUAGAUUUAAAAACUAAUAUAUAGAGUAUAAUAUAAAAUUAGUAAAAACAUAUGUCUGUUUUAAAAUUUCAAAACAUAUUAUGUGUAAAAAAUCUGUGUUUUUAAUAUGUAAUGCAAAAGUAAAUAAUUGUGUUAAAAAAACUAAAAGCAAUUAAAUUAAAAGGGGGAUACAUGCCAACUAUAAAGAAAACAAAAGGAAAAAAACAGAAAUUAACAAUACAAAUAUCUACAUAUGCGGGGGAUUUAGCAAUUAUUAUAUAAUUUUUUUUUAAAAAGCAAUUAUUAUAUAAUAUAUAGGAUAUAUUCUAACCAUUAAGUUGCUAUGUGUAUUUGGUUAAUUAUAGUUUUUUUUUGUUAUACAAUAAAAUUUCCUUAAAUAAAAAGGUAAGAAGAGUAAAUAUUAAUAAUGAUAUUUUAUAUAAUAAAUUUAAUUUAUCAAAAGUAUAUAUGUAGUUGAUUUUGGCGAAAAAUAAACAUAAGUGCAACACAAACAAAAAAAAAACUAAAUUUGAUUUUUAAUACUAUUAUAUAAUUAUUAUUUUUUUGCAAUAUAUUAUAUAUAACAUGUCAGUUCAUAAAAUUUUCCGUUUCCAUAUUCUAUCUUUGACUAAUAAGAUGGCAUAAAAUCUCCUUUUUUUUUGGUCAAGGUCAUUAAAUCUAUUAACUGCCACGAAAGAAUAUUAUUCGUAUUCACCUAAAACUAAUUAUUUCCAUAUACAAAAAAUACAAAAAGUAAGAAAUCGAAUCACAAUCUUUCCAUAUAAAUAGAUUAAAAAUCCAAGCCUUACCUCUUUUUGCAACAAAACCUCACUUCGUUGCGUUACGUAUCAACCACCCAUCACAUCUUCUGGUCUUUUCUCAAAAUCUCACUUCCUAAUGAUUCAUCAAACUAUUUACAAUGUGUCAAUUGCAUUGUGUCUUUGCACUCUUUUCGCGUUUGUUUUUUCUGAUAGCCCAGAAGCAAUGAGAGAUCUCGUUACGGAUUUGCCUGGUCAAUCUGGUGUGAGCUUCAGACAUUACGCCGGCUAUGUCCCGGUUGAUAAAAAACAUGGAAGGGCUAUGUUUUAUUGGUUUUUCGAAGCUAUGAGUCUUCCAAACCAGAAGCCUUUAGUACUGUGGCUUAAUGGAGGGCCUGGAUGUUCUUCUGUGGGAUACGGAGCAACGCAAGAGAUUGGUCCAUUUCUUGUGGAUAACAAAGGAAACAGUCUUCAAUUUAAUCCCUAUGCAUGGAAUCAUGAGGCCAACAUUCUGUUUCUAGAAUCCCCUGUUGGUGUCGGGUUUUCGUAUUCAAACACAAGUAGUGACUAUAAAAAGAUCGGCGAUGAAUUUACAGCGAGAGACGCAUACUCCUUUAUUCAAAAGUGGUUGGAGAGGUUCCCAGCUUACAGAGAAAACGAUUUCUAUAUAGCUGGCGAGAGCUAUGCAGGAAAGUAUAUACCGGAGCUUGCAGAGGUCGUUUAUGACAAUAACAAUAGAAAUUCCUCACUUCAUAUCAAGCUUAAAGGCAUUCUGCUUGGAAAUCCUGAAACAUCGGAAGCCGAAGAUUGGGAUGGAUGGGUGGAUUAUGCAUGGAGCCAUGCAGUAAUAGCAGACGAGAUGUAUGGAGUCAUAAAAAGAAAUUGCAAUUUCAGUAGUAACACUACUUGGGAUGUUAAAGAAUGCAAAGACAACGUAGACGAAGUAAUCAAACAAUAUCACAAAAUUGAUCAAUACAGUCUCUAUACUCCUACCUGUAAUGGAAAUUCAACGCCUAGUUCAUCCCUUGAUUCGACGAGAAUCAGGACUAAUCUUCGCAAUUCCAAAAUGAUGCCGAGGAUGAUGGGCGGAUACGACCCGUGUUUGGAUGAUUAUACGAGAGUAUUCUACAACAGAGCAGAUGUCCAGAAAGCUCUUCAUGCAAGUGAUGGUAUUCAUCUAAAGAAUUGGAGCAUUUGCAACGAUGAUAUUUUUGAUAAUUGGACGGAUUCAAAGCCCUCAGUUUUGCCAAUAUAUAAGAAAUUAAUCGCGGGAGGAUUUAGAAUAUGGGUUUACAGCGGCGACACAGAUGGAAGAGUUCCCGUACUCGGGACAAGGUACUGCAUAAACAAGUUGGCAUUACCCAUUAAGACGUCGUGGAGGCCAUGGUACCACGAGAAACAGGUUAGUGGAUGGCUUCAAGAAUACGAAGGUUUAACUUUUGGAACCUUCAAAGGAGCAGGACAUGAUGUGCCUUCCUUCAAACCCAGCGAGUCGCUUGCGUUUUUCUCCGCCUUUCUCAAAGGAGUUCUUCCUGCUUUAUCGCCGUAAUAGAGAGAAAACAACUGUAUUGAAGAUUACAAUAAUAAGCUAAUUAAUAAUAUAUUUUUAAUAUAUUUUUAAUAUUUUUGACACAUACUAUUAUGUGUGUUUUUGAAUAAUGGAAUUUCCAGUUCCACCUGAACCACUACAAGAAAGCAAGAGGAUUCACAACUAGAAACCAAUGAAAAAUAAUCCAUAAAAAUUCAUCGAAUUCGUCGACAGAUUGUAUUCCAUCCAGAAUUCGUUGGGAAUUUAGGCCGAAUUCCUGACAAAAC